CUUAAAUAAAAUGGGAAAAUAUUUUAUUUUUUGCCUCGCCUACUAUAAAUAUUAAAUACAGACCACAUUAGCCAAUCAUCCUUCUCCGCAAGAAACACAAAAAUCUCCGCAUUUUCUUUUUCCUUUCAAUCCGAUUUGUCACCAUGUCUCAGACUGUUGUUCUCAAGGUUGGCAUGUCAUGCCAGGGCUGUGUCGGGGCUGUCAACAGGGUUUUGGGGAAGAUGGAAGGUGUAGAGUCAUUUGACAUUGAUUUGAAGGAGCAAAAAGUGACGGUGAAGGGUAAUGUGAAGCCAGAGGAUGUUCUCCAGACGGUUUCAAAAACUGGAAAGAAAACGUCAUUCUGGGAAGCGGAAGCACCAGCUGGAACUGAAACAAAGCCGAAUUCGGAAGCUGUUCCCACUGCUUGAUAUAAUCAUCCCAUCGCGGUGACUAAAAGCUUUUAAAACUAUAUAUGUAUGUUCAUGGUCCAUGCGCUUAUUGGCUUUGUGACGAAGGUAUCUGUACUACAAUUGAUGUUUAACCAAAAAUAAUUCAUAGUUUCUUAUGAUGUUUUACAAAUGCUCUGGAGAUUCUUAAGAAAGUCAUUUCUCUUAUAUAUGUACUACUAUGCUUUCCUUUC